AUGAAGAGAAUUGUUUCGUACGUCGUGCUCGCGGCGGUGGCGCUUGCGCUGCCAUGGGCCGCGGUCAGCCAGCAGUACUCGGAGUCGCCGAUACUUGCGGCGAUGGUAGCGUCAGGAGACCUGCCCCCGGUGGAGGAACGGCUGCCGCCCAAUCCCUACGUCAACGUCGACGCACCCGAGGUGGGCACCUAUACCACCACGGUGAUGACCCUGCCGCACGAGUCCGACCACCUAGACCCUCCGGGAACUACUGGGUCACCGGUCAGACCGCCCGCCACGUAUGCCCCUGGCGAGGAGCAGCUCGUGCAGUGGAAGGUGGACGAGACGAUCGGCAAUCCCGUCGGCAUCCACAAGGACAUCAGCCUCGAGCCCAACCUGGCCGAGAGCUGGGAGAUCUCCGACGACGGCAAGGAAGUGACGUUCCACCUGCGCAAGGGCGUGAAGUGGUCCGACGGCGUGGAAUUCACGGUCGACGACAUCAUGUUCACCUGGGACGACGUGGUGCGCGGCGGAGUGAUCGCCAGCACCCAGAUCCCGAGCAUCGAGGGUUUCUACUCGCAGAGGGCGGCCAUUUGUCGGGCGGCUCGGCGCGGCUUCCGAGUUCGAGAAGAUCGACACCGUACACCUUCAAGGUGACGAUGCAGAACUCGUACCCGG